AUGGAUUCUCCUACAGCCCGACCAGUAACGAGGCAGCAAUCCCACCUCCCGUCUCCCACAGCAGCCUGCGAGGCAUGUCGAAAGCUCAAGAUGCGAUGUAUCCGUCCCAACGUACCAGAUGCCAUGAAAUAUUCAUCAAUUGAGCCUUGCGACCGUUGCAAGCGUACGAACCGCAUCUGCAAAAUCCCCUCACCACGCCCGUUGGGUCGCAAACGCGGCGCGGUUGGUCGCUAUCAUGGACUUGAAAAGGCAUACCGAAAAAUGCAAACAGAACUCAAGAAAGUCGGUAAAUCGACAGAAAAGAUCCAGGAAGUCGCCAGCGUAUCUCCUGGCGAGGGAGAAGUGAUCGACCUGCUCUUGUCAAAGAUGCGAGACGACAAUAAACCCCGAGAAUGGAGCCAGGCAUCAGAGGAGAGUGCUUUCGAGCACCAAAUGUCCCCUAAACAUACUGCCGAUGCAUCAAAGCCCAUGAAUGCACCUGUUGAUACAAUCACUUCUCAUAUGAACUUUGAGCCGGUCAGCAACCCACUGGCACUGAUGGCUGAAGCUGCGGGCGCAGCACAAGCCCUGGAAACACAUUCAAACCAAAUAACCACAUCUCCAAUGACUGAAGCGGAAUAUGUGCAGAGGGAAUUGCCACCCGGAGUAGGCAUGGGUCGACACCUGCUUCAUCGACCUGGGUACGUCUCUUUAGGCCUUCAAUUGAGCCGCCAGACUUUGGAACGGGGCCUCGAUACUUUAUUUGGUCCCGCAUUAGAAUUAGAUCGCUAUUCCGAUUAUUUUCGAUCCACUGAGACCGGAUCGCCGCGAGAUGUUGGUCCUGAUUUGGAUCCAGUGGAGCUGGGCUUACUUUCGAUGGAAGAAGCAUAUACAUUGUUUCCUAUCUACUUCUCUCGACUUCACCUCAUCAAUGGAAUUCUUGAUCCCGUGCUGCAUACCGCGGACUUUGUGCGGUCCAGAUCUUCACUGCUUUUUACGUGGAUCCUUGCUCUGACUGCCCAGUUUGACCACAAUCUAGGACAUCUGGCAAAGAGACUGCGCCUUCAUGGAGAAAAACUAUCCCGACACGUCCAUACGUGUGGAUAUAAAUCAGUGGAGAUUGUGCAAGGUUAUUACAUUUCUCUCUUAUCUGCAACUCCAGCCAGAACAUUGUCUGAAGAACGAUCGUGGUUAUAUACCAUGUAUGCUUUCGGUGUUGCUGCUGAACUAGGCCUGGAUCAAGGAUCAAAGUCUCGUUCCAAUCAUAAUUUUGGUCGGGCAAAUGUUCCAGUCGGUUCAACAUCUCAUAGCAUGAUGGAAUUACCAGCUCAGGAAGUGAUUCCAGCGAGCCCAAGCCUAUACGACGCAACGACGCAACUCAGCCCAGACACGUCAAGUUGCCCCUCUGCACAACAUUUCUCCUAUCUCCAGCGACUGGCCCGCAACAAAGAGCGAACCUGGCUUCGGAUUCUGCUCUGGGAGAGAGCUAAUAGUGCUGCUUGCGGAAGAAUAAACGCUUUCCCAGAAACAGAUCUGACUCGCAAUAUUGAAAUCUGGUGGACACACCCGCUGGCCGACUUGACUGAUAAGCACACUUGUGCCUUUAUUCUUCUUCGUCGUCAUCUGGCGACCCUACAAAAAAGAAAUCAGACACCAAGCAUCGAGAAGCUUCCUAAUCUUUAUUUAUAUCAUGUGUACAUUCACAAUCGACUUUGGACUUUAUCGUCAGCCCUCAAUGUCGCUGUUAAAAGUGACCACGAUUUGGAUGUCAUUCGGGAAGACUGCUUUGACGCGGCUAUUCAUUGCUGUGAAAUCGCUGUGCGUGACCUUGAAUCAGUGGGAGAGCCAAUGUAUUGCAUGCUAUCUCCAACUUGGGCCAUGAUAUCCUAUGCAGCAGUUCUGACCCUGAAGCUAUUUCCUUAUCUGCAUGGCUCACGCCCAGGGUAUGAGAUUGAGCUUCUUGCCCUACUAGGACAGGUUGCUAUCCAGUUGAAAUCUGCGGGCACCAUACCAUCUCAUAGAUUUGGAAUUGCAGCAUUACUUGGUCAACAUCUCUUGGUGAUUUUGCGAUCAAGAGCAGCUAGACUCAAAGAUGUAAUUCCAGUAUCUGAGGCCCAGGUCGUACCCUUACACAGCGCUCACAAGUGCAAUAAUGAAUUCAACUAUGGAGUGGAGAGAGCUAUGGCUACCGAUAAUGGCACGAUGGAGUUCUUGUCGGAUCCGCAUCAUGUUGAUAAUCCUCUGGUGUCAGCAUACGAUCCGUUUUUAACGGCAGCCACCGUGGAGAUGGAGAAUGAUUUUGGAGACGAAGGGUUUACAGAUCUACUCAGGGAGAUAUUUGGCCCUGGGUUUGGCGAUGUAUUUUAA